GAAAAGGGACCACUUGUGAGCAAUAAAAAAAAGCACACAAAGAUGAAGAAGAAACUGCACAGAGGGCUUCGGCCAGUUGACUGAAGAAAAUUUCCCAAAAGUUCUCAAGUCUCAAGGAAGAAUUCACUUAACCAGGAAUCCACUGAACUUCCAGUCGGAAGUCAUGAGUGUAAGAAUCAGGACAUCUCUGCUGAUAAUAUGAGAAACUCAGUAGGAGUACCUGCUCUUGGGAGUAAAACCCUUGGGUCAAAGCCUAAAACUUCUGAAACCAAAAGAGAUUUUACACACAAGAAUUUAUCUUGCAAAUCUAACCUCUUACAAAAAGCUUCAAAAGAUACAUUUUCCUCUCACAACGAGAUUCCUCGACUAAACUUUGCUGAUACUUCAACUAAAAACCCAGAGAAUUUCUUCUCCAAAUCAAAGACUGAAUUCGGAAGUACUAAAUAACCUUCAAAAAUACCUAAAUCCUCAAAACUUCGAACUCACCGCUCACCAAAAGAAGUGGGAUGUGAAGACCACCUCUAAAGGCUGAAUUUACUACCAACAGAAAGGUCAUUCUAAAUGCCAAUGGGAAAUACCCAGAGUGUAUGACGCAACUUCGAGGAAAUACAAACCAAUUUUUAACAAACACUGGAAGAAAGGUAAGGACCCACACACUGGGAAGAAAUUAUGGAGGAAUAUAAACACAGAUGUCACUCAAACAGUUGAUCCCUUUGGUAAGACAUAUAUCUUCGAAGCUGCUGUGAAAGGCAACCUUGCAUUCCUUGAGCUGUAUUGACAGUAUGGUGGGAAUAUCAAUCUUUUUGAUAAGCAAAAGAGGACUCCUCUCCAUCAUGCCUGAGCUAACGGAAAUCUCUCCUUUAUAAAAAGCCUGAUAAGCCUAGGAGCUCAUAUCAAUAAAAGAGAUAAUACAAAGAUGACUCCUAUAUUCCAUGCAGUAAAGUACCAUUACAAAGAAUGUCUCAAAGUUCUAAUUGAAGCAGGCGCUGAUCUGAAAGUGGCAAAGGCCAAUGGAGAUACUCUUAUCCAUGAAGCAGCUACUUAUGACUCAGCUGAUUGCUUGAUUGAGCUUGCUCAGCAUAACCUUCCUCUCAAUGGGAAGAAUAAUAUACAAAAGACCCCUCUAUCAUUAGCAAAGGGAAAGAAAUCUAAGAAUGCUUAUAAAGCAUUAAUGGAGCUCCAAAAUACAACCAAAAGUACUAAUUCCUUCCUCGGUAAGAAGCAUCUUAAGAAAGCUUCAGAAAAAUUUAGACCCUUGAACUUAAAAAGUUCGUUCAAGAAGUCUAAACCAAGUGCAUUUUCAAAGAAGAAGGUUAGAAUUGCUCUUGAACAACUUGCUGGCGUUUACAAGGACCAGAAGAAGGAAGAUAUCUCUGAAGAUCUUAAGAGUGGUGUUUUGGAGAGGCUUAACAAAUUAGCAACUCUUAGAACUCAUCUUAGCUCUUCUAGUGAAAUUAAUGACUUCGCCCAAUAUGCAUCUAAAGCUCUUAAGGAUGAUAAAAUUGACCAAGAUUCACUUGUCAUGCAAAUUCUUGAAUAUGAAAAAGAAGAGAUUAAGAAAGUUGAAAAACUACUUCACUUAGCUCACCAAGAGGACCAAGAAGAAAGUAAAGAUCCACAAGAAGAAAGUAAAGAAGUUUUACAGAAAAAUGAUAAAAUUGGCAAUCUUGACUUGUUAAAUAAAGAUUUACUAGAGAUAGAAGACAAAGAGACUUUACUGCCAAAAGAUAAAUGUACUGAGUCAAAAGAGACGACAGAAAUAAAGCAGAACGACGAUCAGGAUGCUCAACCUCCUCAGGGGCAUGAUCUAGAUGAGGCUACCAUUGAAGAAAAUAAGGAUUUGAAUACUGAAGAAAUUAAUAAUCUGGCAGAUGAUCCUACUUUAAAACCUCAUUUAUGAGAGGAGAUUAAAGAUGUCCACAAUGAUUCCUUAAUUUCUAAGGAAAAGACUUCUGAACCCACUGAUAUUUUAAAAGCAAAAGUCGAAAUAGAAGAAAAUCUUGUUCAAGAAUCUGAAAGAAAAGGAGAAAUAAAAGAGCUCUCUAGUGUAUCUAAAGAUAUACCUGAUGAAUCUGACAUAGAAGAUGAUCUUGAUUUUAGUUCUCAUAAUCGUAGUUUUGAAAAACACCCUCUAGAAGAGUCCCAUGAUUCGGAAACAACCGAGGAAGAGGUUGGUCUAGAAAUUGUUGAGAGAAAAGAAAGUAAAAAAAUCAGAAACAAGAGCACAGAACCUAUCGGAAGAUCUCACAUCUAUAUCGAUGCCAACUCCUACGCACGCCAAGGUGCUCAAAAAUGUACAAAAUUCUACCAAACCCUCUCCCAAUUCCUGUCCCAAAAAUACCAAAAUUUCCAACAAUUCCUCACAACCCAGCCCCAAAGAACCCCUAAAACCCCUAUUUCCUCCCUCUCCUCCCAUAAACUCCCUCAACGUCCCAUUUCCACUCUCAUUGCCUCCAAAAUCUCCACUCUAAAACACAAAUCUCUCCAGCUGAACCCUCCUUGGCCUCAAACCUGCACUCAAGAGCCCGCAGACUUCCCAGUGCCCAGUCAAGCUGAGACUAAGGAUUUCACAGAAGGAUUUCUGAAUUACGAAGAAAUUGUGGACCAAGUGAAGGAUUUUGAUAGGUUUUUGUACGGGGAAAAUAGGGAAUUUAGGUGGGAUGAGAGGGCGCAAAGGAGAGUUAAGAGGAUGAUUAGGGGUGGGAGAGGUAAGGAAGAGAAGAAGGGAGAGAAGAAGGGAGACGGGUUUAAGAAGGUGCUGGAGGUGGUGUAUGGGAGCAGUGAUGGGAGCUUUGAAGAACCUGAUCCUCAGGAGAUACAGGAGAGCAUAGCGGAGUUUGAGAAGCAGACUCUUGUAGCGCAGUCUGAGGAUUUGGUAAAGAAAAUGCAGCAGACAGUUGAAAAUGCGAGAAUUUGACUUAGUAAAGGGGAUUAUUCAAACUUGAUUUUUGAUAGCAUGAAUUUGGUAAAGAAGGAGCAAACUGUACCUGAAGAGAGUGUUGAAGCGAGGAUUGAGAAAGAUCUUAAUGUUCUGAUCAAUGAAGACUUCUUAGAACCACCUUCUCCUAAUAGAGUAGAGCAUGAAGAAUCUAAGAACGUCAGAGAGACACUUGAGGAUGAACUCAACGAGCUGUAUGCUAAUAGAGAUGAAGAUAUCUUUGAGCUAAACUCAGAAGAAUUUGGGGUGCAUAAGCCAAACUCCAUUUCUCAUAAUCAUUCCUUCGAACCUGAAACUGAGGAUAAAAUUCAAAGGAAAACUUUUGGAAUUUAUGAAGAUGAAGAAUAUCUACAUCAGUACUCUUCAAAAACUCUCAUCUUCCCCUUUAAAUAAAGUUUUCCAAAAGGAAGUUCACCGAAAUUCAGAUAAUUCCCUCAGAAAGCAAUCAGUAGAGAAAGAAGUAUGAGAGUCUCAGCAAAGAAUUGCCGAUGCCUCUUUCACUAAAAGACCAUCUUCUGCAGAUAUUUGUAACUCUUCAAGCCAGCCUCGAAGAAUGAAGGCAAUCGACUUGAAUCAGAAACUAGAGCCUAUCAAGAAGCACGAGGCUAAGUUGAGGAAAUACUCAGCUGACGAUUUUAUUAAAGAGUAA